UCUCUGGUGGGGAGGCUUAGACCACACCUUCCCGCCCGCAGCACCAGAGCACCUAAGCGGCCAAGACAGCCGGCUUUUGGCUGUUGGUCUGGCAUCUUUGUGGGCUCUUGAUCGGUUUCGGUGAGAGCAAGGUUCAAUGGCAUCUGGACUGGCAUCUGGACUGGCCUCUCAGCCUCUCAACUUCUGUCUCAUUCCCGCCCGUGGCCUCGGGUCCCGCCUCCUGGACACCCACAACGGCUCCUUGUGUAUAAAUAUAGAAGCCAGUUGGGGAUCGGGGCACACGAAAAGUGGCAACCGACAUCUCAGGUUUCCCUUCCGGCCCGCCUGUCUGCCCGUCUAGCCCCGAUGCGAUGCUGCCCCGUUGGAAAUCCUACACAUCCACACCCCUGUCUGCGCCGCAAUCCGCCAAGAGCAUCACGCAUCACCCACAAUCUGGUCAGGCUGGUAUAGGUCCGAUUCCAAUAUGAGCUGAGCCGUGCGAUGUGGUCUGGAUGCAUAGUUGCGUCCAGGUGGUAUCACGGGCGGGGAAUACAGUUGUGGGCUGCAGCAUCGCUUGCUCAUUCAUCGGCUAGCCGCGCCUCGCCCGCUCAAGAGCCAAACGAAAUCGAAGGAAAAAAAAAGGCUCCGUUGGCAUGGCAGACCUGUUGGUCCCAUGCAAGAGCUUCGCAUCUGUAUCACCUCGCAUUCCCUUGUUCUGCCGAGGAGCCUUGCUGCUGGAUGCAAUCGGCUCCGUUGCUCAUCCCAUUCCAGCUCAUUCAAACCCCCCGGGGGCCCUCAACCACACCACCCACAUACAUCUGUUUACUUUCGACGAUUCCGGCCUCCUCUGGUUUUCCGGUCUUUUGAAUUUGUUGCCAACUUGUCAAUUGCAAGUCUUGUUCUUUUCCAAUAUCUGCUUCUGGUUCCUCUCAACGGUAGGUGGCUCUCUCAUGUUACCUGUCAGAUAUUGUCAACCUUGUCUCCCCUUCCCGUUUCCCGUCUCGCUUGUCUGCCAUUUAUCACGCAGGAUCAAAUGCGUACAGCCGCCGUACAACAUGCCCCACAAUAACUGCCUGCCCGCCAGGCGCCGCCCUCAUGAUCUGCCAUUGCAGGAACCAACAUGCCUGGACCUCAAACACAUCAUGCCUUGUGGGGUGGUGCUUCCCGCGGGCUCUACGUCAGGACUGGGGUGCUAGUUGGCACUCAUGGGAUCUGUCCCGGCUGCCUGUCCUCUCUUGAGGAACCUAAUCUCCCUCCUUACUCGUCUCUCACUUUUCUGUGGCCAUCUGAUCCAUCCUCUGCCCUCCACCGCGCAACUGACCUCUCAGUCGCAGUAUCAAACCUGGCCACGGCUUGCCUCAAAUCUGAGUCCGAGGGCUAGCAGCCGGGAUGGCCAGCAACGGCCGUGUUGACGGAGGGGCCCAGGAUGCCCAGGAUGAUAAUGAGCGACCAGGUCCAGGAACAGGAGCCCUGGGUAUAUCAUACCCUGCCCUGAUCCAACGAUCUGAGUCGAGCCAACCGCUCGUCGCCAACGCAGCACCAACUGCCGGUCCUUCCUCCCCCCCGUACGAUACUGCGGCACAAUUCGGCCAACCUGACUAUUGGCACCCUCAGCUCUCGGGGCGCACGCUAGGUGGUUUCUCUCCCACCAUGGACUCUCCGAAUCCAAUGCCGUCUGAGGGGGAGUUGAAAGGGUCCAUCUACACCGCCUGGGAUCGAGGCUCUAAGACGGCGACAUAUCAGAGCCUAAACGACGACAGGGGAGCCGCUGCUUCUGGAGGACGGCGGAGAAGUGACGACGACUCCAUCAGCCUGGACUCGCUACAGAUGCAAGAUGAGAGCCAACCGUAUUCCAGCGACACAGUGGGAGAGGGCGGCCCAGGCGACUACGACAACUUCAAGAAGCAGGUGCAGGGCUCGCCCCGUCCGGCCGGCACACCAGCCGACGUCCGCGUCAGCCGCCUCAGCUGGUUGGCAGUCUGGUUAAUAAUAUUGUCCGUCUACUCGACCAUCUUGAGCGGGUUGUGGCUCGGGGUGGCGAUCGCACAGCCGAGAUGGGGCCGCACGAUAUCAUCGCACGGCUCGUUGGAGCUGUCAACCGCCAACGUCCUUACUGCCAUUUUGGCCAAGACGAUCGAGCUGUCUUUUGUGACGGUUUUUGUGGCCUUUAUCGGCCAGGUUCUGACGAGGAGGGCCAUGGCCACCAACGCAGGUAUGACCAUGGCAGAGAUGACAAUGAGAACCUGGAUCACCCAACCGGGAUCACUACUGGCGAAUGGGCAGACUCUACGAUACGCAGGCCACACCGUUCUCGGCAUCCUCACACUGAUCGCAACGCUUGUUGCAAUGCUCUACACCACUGCCUCCGAUACCAUGGUUCGACCCAAGCUUCGAUUCAGCGGCUGGCAUGAUAGGGACCUAGAGAGUUACGUCAUGUCGCCUUAUGGGAAUGCCCAAUACGUGAAGCAAUCAUGCUCGACUCCACUGCAUGGGAUAGAUUCUGAACAUGCCAAUGAAUCCUGCCUUGCCGUGCAGUAUUCUGGAGACGCACAUCGAAACCUGCAAAAUUUCAUGGCCACGUGGCGAGAUAUGGGCUACAACGGCAGCAGUGCGAGUCGCGACAUGGCCCUGCGACCUGCGCCUCAAACGAUGCUCUACGACAAUAUCACGAUGAUUGGAUCUUGGAUUGAGGCACAGUAUUCUGACACAGAAGAGACAUCAAAGGUUUACGACCGAGUCGUCAACAAUGUCUCACUGGCGUUACCGCAUCCAGGGGUCUACAAGGCGGCGACCAAUGAUAAGAACAACAUCCUUCAGCCUUCGGAUCUCGACGGCCUCGGCUCUUAUAACAUCUCUGCAAGCGUGAUAUCGCCCGCGGUGAACGCACUCUGUGUCAACAUGAACAAGAAAGAACUCGCACCGCUGGUAUACACGGAGUGGCCGAACGCGAAUAAUACCGACAAUGCCGCCGAGCCAAGGCAAGUCACUGGCCACGCGAAUUGGCAGGAGGACGUGCCAGUGGUGUCCGAAGACGAGUGGCUUAACAGCACCGUGGUUGACGACAUAUUCCGCUGGGGACCGAGCUACGGCCGGCUUCCUCCAGUAUUCCAGCUGUACCCGAUUGACUACAACAUCAUCACCAACAUCACCGUCUGGCAACAAAACACCACGACGAAAUCCGAUGCGAUCUACAUGCUCGGCAAGAGCCCUAUCAUGGAAGACUACACCCUCUGCGAGCUGCGGUCCUGGCCCGCGAUCCAGUGCAGCACGCAAUUCGACGUCUCCGGGCUGACGGGAAUGACCAUGGCGGCGCAGUGCGCCCAGUCGCAAGACUUCUUCCCCGAGAACGCAGAGGAGCACCCGGACCGGGACGCGUACGUGCGGCACAUGGGCGACGGGGAGAUCGCCACCAAGCCGGACUGGGCCGACAUGGUGACGGGGUGGGCGCUGGCGAUAGACCUGAACGGCGGCGCGACCAACAGCAACGCCUCGAACGCGCGCAUCCUGACCGAGCUCGCCCUCACCGAGCCCCGGCUCGGCGACACGCUGCCCUCCCUGGCCGAGGCCCUCGCCGUCCUCGUCAGCAGCACCCUCGUCACCGCGUCCGUCGACACGCCCUUCAUCCACUACUGGGAGUACGACUGGGACAACAUGACCGGCCUGAUCCUGCCCGCCCCGGGGGCCCUCGCGCACUUCCACGCCCGCGUCCGCACGCAGGAGUACGCCAGCUGGCACUCGUCCGACUGGCAGGGCGUCUUCUACCUCGUUCUGGCGUUCACCUUCCUGCUCAACCUGCUGUGCCUGGGCUACUUCUGCCGCGUGGGGCUGGUCAAGGACUUCCUGGAGCCGACCAACCUCUUCGCCCUGGCCACGGCCAGGCCCGGGGGCCACCCGCGGCACCCGCAACACGCGGGGUCUGCUGCUGCUGCUUUUGCGACGCCCGCGCCGGAGGUGAUGGGCACCCCGCAGCCUGACAAGGAGAAGAAGAGGAAGACGAGCCUCGCUGUGCCGUACCGGCUUGCGUUUAAGGAGGACGCUAAUAAUUAUUAUUUCGAGGAGGCCGAGGAUGAGAAGGGGGCUGCUGCUGCCAGGGCUACGGCGCUCGACGGCGAGGGUGGGCUUGGCGCGAAGCGCAAGAGCUAUUAUCGCCUGAGUAGUAGGAUAGGGCUGUGAUGGCAGGGCGACUAUACGCCCGUCUAAGAUUGUUUCUUUAAUACAUAGCGUUAAUU